GGGAUCACACGCGCAGAGGAGGCGGGGCCGCGGCUGGUUUCCUGCCGGGGGGCGGCUCUGGGCCGCCGAGUCCCCUCCUCCCGCCCCUGAGGAGGAGGAGCCGCCGCCACCCGCCGCGCCCGAGACUCGGGAGGCCCCGCCAGCCCGCAGGAGAGGCCGAGCGGGAGUCGCGGAACAGCAGGCCGGAGCCCACCGCGCCGGGGCCCGGACGCCGCGCGGAGAAGAUGAAUUUACAACUGAUUUUCUGGAUUGGACUGAUCAGUUCAAUUUGCUGUGUGUUUGGUCAAACAGAUGAAAAUAGAUGUUUAAAAGCAAAUGCCAAAUCAUGUGGAGAAUGUAUACAAGCAGGGCCAAAUUGUGGGUGGUGCACAAAUUCAACAUUUUUACAGGAAGGAAUGCCCACUUCUGCACGAUGUGAUGAUUUAGAAGCCUUAAAAAAGAAGGGUUGCCCUCCAGAUGACAUAGAAAAUCCCAGAGGCUCCAAAGAUAUAAAGAAAAAUAAAAAUGUAACCAACCGUAGCAAAGGAACAGCAGAGAAGCUCAAGCCAGAGGAUAUUACUCAGAUCCAACCACAGCAGUUGGUUUUGCGAUUAAGAUCAGGGGAGCCACAGACAUUUACAUUAAAAUUCAAGAGAGCUGAAGACUAUCCCAUUGACCUCUACUACCUUAUGGACCUGUCUUACUCAAUGAAAGACGAUUUGGAGAAUGUAAAAAGUCUUGGAACAGAUCUGAUGAAUGAAAUGAGGAGGAUUACGUCCGACUUCAGAAUUGGAUUUGGUUCAUUUGUGGAAAAGACUGUGAUGCCUUACAUUAGCACAACACCAGCUAAGCUCAGGAACCCUUGCACAAGUGAACAGAACUGCACCAGCCCAUUUAGCUACAAAAAUGUGCUCAGUCUUACUAAUAAAGGAGAAGUAUUUAAUGAACUUGUUGGAAAACAGCGCAUAUCUGGAAAUUUGGAUUCUCCAGAAGGUGGUUUUGAUGCCAUCAUGCAAGUUGCAGUUUGUGGAUCACUGAUUGGCUGGAGGAAUGUUACACGGCUGCUGGUGUUUUCCACAGAUGCCGGGUUUCACUUUGCUGGAGAUGGGAAACUUGGUGGCAUUGUUUUACCAAAUGAUGGACAGUGUCACCUGGAAAAUAAUAUGUACACAAUGAGUCAUUAUUAUGAUUAUCCUUCUAUUGCUCACCUUGUCCAGAAACUGAGUGAAAAUAAUAUUCAGACAAUUUUUGCAGUUACUGAAGAAUUUCAGCCCGUUUACAAGGAACUGAAAAACUUGAUCCCUAAGUCAGCAGUAGGAACAUUAUCUGCAAAUUCUAGUAAUGUAAUUCAGUUGAUCAUUGAUGCAUACAAUUCCCUUUCCUCAGAAGUCAUUUUGGAAAACGGCAAAUUGUCAGAAGGAGUAACAAUAAGUUACAAAUCUUACUGCAAGAACGGGGUGAAUGGAACAGGGGAAAAUGGAAGAAAAUGUUCCAAUAUUUCCAUUGGAGAUGAGGUUCAAUUUGAAAUUAGCAUAACUUCAAAUAAGUGUCCAAAAAAGGAUUCUGACAGCUUUAAAAUUAGGCCUCUGGGCUUUACGGAGGAAGUAGAGGUUAUUCUUCAGUACAUCUGUGAAUGUGAAUGCCAAAGCGAAGGCAUCCCUGAAAGUCCCAAGUGUCAUGAAGGAAAUGGGACGUUUGAGUGUGGCGCGUGCAGGUGCAACGAAGGGCGUGUUGGUAGACAUUGUGAAUGCAGCACAGAUGAAGUUAACAGUGAAGACAUGGACGCUUACUGCAGAUUUUUUUUCAGUUCAGAAAUCUGCAGUAACAAUGGAGAGUGCGUUUGUGGACAGUGUGUUUGUAGGAAGAGGGAUAAUACAAAUGAAAUUUAUUCUGGCAAAUUCUGCGAGUGUUUUUUUUUCAACUGUGAUAGAUCCAAUGGCUUAAUUUGUGGAGGAAAUGGUGUUUGCAAGUGUCGUGUUUUUUUUUGCAACCCCAACUACACUGGCAGUGCAUGUGACUGUUCUUUGGAUACCAGUACUUGCGAAGCCAGCAACGGACAGAUCUGUAAUGGCCGGGGCAUCUGCGAAUGUGGUGUCUGUAAGUGUACAGAUCCGAAGUUCCAAGGGCAAACAUGUGAGAUGUGUCAGACUUUUUUUUGUGUCUGUGCUGAGCAUAAAGAAUGUGUUCAGUUUUUUUUCUUCAAUAAAGGAGAAAAGAAAGACACAUGCGCACAGGAAUGUUCCUAUUUUUUUUUUACCAAGGUAGAAAGUCGGGACAAAUUACCCCAGCCAGUCCAACCUGAUCCUGUGUCCCAUUGUAAGGAGAAGGAUGUUGACGACUGUUGGUUCUAUUUUACAUAUUCAGUGAAUGGGAACAAUGAGGUCAUGGUUCAUGUUGUGGAGAAUCCAGAGUGUCCCACUGGUCCAGACAUCAUUCCAAUUGUAGCUGGUGUGGUUGCUGGAAUUGUUCUUAUUGGCCUUGCAUUACUGCUGAUUUUUUUUCUUUUAAUGAUAAUUCAUGACAGAAGGGAGUUUGCUAAAUUUGAAAAGGAGAAAAUGAAUGCCAAAUGGGACACGGGUGAAAAUCCUAUUUAUAAGAGUGCCGUGACAACUGUGGUCAAUCCGAAGUAUGAGGGAAAAUGAGUACCGCCUGUGCAAAUCCCACAACACUGAAUGCAAAGUAGCAAUUUCCAUAGUCACAGUUAGGUAGCUUUAGGGCAAUAUUGCCAUGGUUUGGCUCAUGUGCAGGUUUUGAAAAUGUACAAUAUGUAUAAUUUUUUUUUUUUUUUAUUAUUUUGAAAAUAAUGUAAUUCAUGCCAGGGACUGACAAAAGACUUGAGACAGGAUGGUUAUUCUUGUCAGCUAAGGUCACAUUGUGCCUUUUUGACCUUUUCUUCCUGGACUAUUGAAAUCAAGCUUAUUGGAUUAAGUGAUAUUUCUACAGUGAUUGAAAGGGCAAUAGUUAAUGAGCAUGAUGAGAGUUUCUGUUAAUCAUGUAUUAAAACUGUUUUUUUUCUUUACAAAUAUGUCAGUUUGCAGUUACGCAGAAUCCAAAGUAAAUGUCUUUUUUUUUAGUUAAGGAUUGUUUUAAAUCUGUUAUUUUGCUAUUUGCCUGUUAGACAUGACUGAUGACAUAUCUGAAAGACAAGUACAUUUAGAGUUGCUGGUGUAAAAUAGGUUUUUUUUAGUUGAUCUCCACAGGCCAUGGGAAAAAUUCAGAGAGUUAGGAAGGAAGUUUUUUUUGCUUUAAAACCUGUGUGCCAUUUUAAGAGUUACUUAAUGUUUGGUAACUUUUUUUUUUUCACUUUACAAAUUCAAGCCUUAGGUAUAAGAACCGAGCAAUUUUCUGUUUUUUUUUCCUUGAUUUAGCACUAUUUACAUAAAGGCCAUACUUUGCAAAGUAUUUUUUUUUUUGGGACCUUUCAAGUUGAAUUUAUUUUAUUUUAUUAUUUUUAUUUUGUUUUUUUUUUUGUGCUUUUUAUCACCUCUUCUAAUCUUUUAAUGUAUUUGUUUGCAAUUUUUUUUUUUGACUUUUUUUAUGAGUACUUUUUCUUUGACGUUUUAGCGGUCAAUUUGCUUUUUUUUUGAACAUGUGAAGUUGUACCGUGGCUAUGCAACAGCUCUCACCUAUGCGAGUCUUACUUCGAAUUAGUGCCAUAGCAGACCACUGUAUGUUUACUUCUCACAAUUUUUUUUUUUCAUCUUGUGUCAUACUAGUCACAUUCUUGUUUUAAGUGCCUUUAGUUUUUUUUUUUUACUUUUUACAGUGCUAUUUACUGAAGUUAUUUAUUAAAUAUGCCUAAAAUUUUU